AUGUCCAAGGGCCAAACUAGUAUGUAUUAUAAUAAUAAAUAAUUAGUACAUUUUUCAAUCCCAUUUCUUUCAAAGAACAUUCCAGACUUCCAGUCAGUCCCUUCCGUUCCGAUUUUUUGUGAGAGAAACUCAAAUUUCAUUUCUCUUUCUGUAACGAACUGUGAUUUUUGUGAACCAUUUUUUGUUGAAGAAUACAAACACCUAAUUUCUUGAGAGAGCUAGGUUUCCGUACAGAUAUGGUUGAUGUAGGCGACAAAUUAGCGUAUUUCCAAGCGAUCACGGGCCUCGAAGAUCCCGAUUUGUGCACGGAGAUUCUCGCCGCUCAUGGCUGGGACCUCGAGCUCGCGAUCUCGUCCAUCACCUCCACGAACACCGCCACUCCGCCGGAGAAUUCCACAUCCACGCCGGCAGUCGCUACAUCCUCCGGCGACAAUGGCGGAGGUCGAGGUGUCACGCGGUCAAGUUUAGAACCUCCUCGUUUUGGAGCAUCGGAGCGAUCUGAAGCGGCUGCCGGACCCGGUUUGGCGUGGAAGAUCGUGACUCUGCCGAUUUCGGUGAUUUCCGGUAGUCUGAAUUUGAUUUCCGGCGCAAUUGGGCUUGGUUUAUGGGCCGCCGGUGGUGUUCUCUCGUAUUCCAUGGGAAUGGUUGGGUUGGGCUCCGGUUCGGGCCGGAACAGCGAGGCGUCGGCUCGGUUGGUUCCGUUAUCGGCUGCGGCAUCGGAGGCUAUGGAGUUCGUGGCGGCGUUUGAGAGAGAUUACGGUACGACGACAAUGACGAGGCCGAAUUUCGUGAGCCAAGGGUUCAUGGACGCGCUUCAGAGGUCGAGGAACGAGUUCAAGCUGUUGUUUGUGUAUUUGCACUCGCCGGAUCAUCCUGACACGCCUUUGUUCUGCGAGAGAACGCUGUGUUCGGAGGCUUUAGCGGCGUUUGUGAACGAGAACUUCGUGGCGUGGGGAGGAAAUAUUAGAGCUAGCGAAGGGUUCAAGAUGAGUAAUAGCUUGAAAGCCUCGAGAUUUCCUUUCUGUGCUGUGGUAAUGGCUGCUACGAAUCAGAGGAUCGCAUUGCUCCAGCAGGUUGAGGGACCAAAAUCUCCUGAAGAAAUGCUCACGAUAUUACAGAAAGUGCUUGAAGAAAGUGCCCCUGUUCUUGUUGCAGGAAGACUUGAAGCAGAAGAAAGAAGAACCAACAUGCGCUUAAGGGAAGAGCAAGAUGCUGCUUACCAAGCAGCGCUUGAAGCUGAUCAAGCUAGGGAACGCCAGAAGAGAGAAGAGCAAGAACGCCUCGAGAGGGAAGCUGCUGAAGCUGAGAGGAAGCGUAAGGAGGAAGAAGAGGCUCUUGAAAGAGCAGCACGUGAAGCUGCAGAGAAAGAGGCUGCAUUAGCAAGAAUGAGGCAGGAGAAAGCUUUGUCUCUUGGUGAUGAACCUGAGAAAGGACCUAAUGUGACACAGGUUUUGGUACGGUUUCCUAAUGGAGAACGCAAGGAGAGGAGGUUCCACAGUACUUCAACAAUUCAAUCUCUAUAUGACUAUGUUGAUUCUUUGGGCUGUUUAGAAACUGAGAAUUAUAGCCUUGUCUCUAACUUUCCUCGGGUCGUUUAUGGCCCAGAGAAACUGUCUUCGUCACUGAAAGAAGCAGGAUUGCAUCCUCAGGCCAGCCUUUUUGUGGAGUCGAACUCGUGAGAGGUUCUUAAGUGAAGAGUAAUAUGAGAAGUAGUCCAAGAUGGGACAUGCAAGUAGGACUAAUUGUUGUGUUUUUCUUUGCUGUUACAACUUGAUUAGCAAUAUUAUACAAUCAGAUAAGAUAGGUUGCCAUCAUGUGGAUGUUUGGUUUUUCCUCAAUGCAGAUUCAGCGAAGCAGAUGGUCCUAAGUGGAAAACCUGUUUGAAAUAAUGAUAUUUUGAUUUUGCACAUAUAUCAAAAUUGAAAAAAUUGAACUA